CAUUGAUUGCAUCCUCACCUGACCUCUGACCUUUGUUCUACACGAUCACGAGAAGCAGCUGCACGGGGCAACAGUGUAACCAUGUCAAGCAAAAGACGACACCGACAGCCCACUCAGGAAACAUCCUCUGCAUCAAAGCAGUCUAAGCGUCAGAAGGAGGAAAGCCGGACUGAGCCUCUACAACCAUCUUCAGAACCUGUCUUGUCUACUGAGCUGCAACACUCACCAAGUCUUGAUGAAACACCAUGCACUUCUAAACAGACUGUUCAGCCCAAGCGUAAGAAGGUAAAAGAUGAUGGUGGGAUUUCUCAGCACAAACGUAUAAAAUCAGAGGGUGAGGCUGUGUCUGAUCAACAAAUUUCCACAGAAUCAGCUCAGUCACUUCACUUACAAGACAACGAGAGACAGUCCACAGAAUCCAAACGAGGGACACGGAGGCGGAGUGGUGGUGCAGAUAGUGAGAACUGUGGUAGACAGCCAGCGGUCGACAGGAGUGUCAAGGAAUACCUAGUGGACAUAACGAACUCAUUUGAUAAUCUUUGUAUUAAAGAUGGUAAAAAAAAAAUGAUUCUGAAGAAGAAUGGUGCAGACAUACUUAUCCAGCCAGACCGUGUACAAGGUAGGAGGCUUGCUCUGAUCCGGGGUAGCCAACCUCAAAUUGAUAAGGUCCUCAAGUUCCUCAGGGAGAAGUUUGUUGAUGAGGGAAUCAUCACAGCACACUCAUACUGGCUUCAGUGGGUUCAGGACUCGUUUCCUGACCUGGACUCAUGCCCCUACUUUCUACCUGCUCUCUACCUGAAGCGUGUGCCGAGCAUCCCAGAGACCGUUUCUGGCAGAGAGGUGAAGGUCAUUCAAACAACAUCUCAGGAAGAUGGUUCAGUUCCUCACCACGAGAUCAGAGAUGAUGAAGCAAUGGAUAAGGUUAUCUCCUGUCUUAAAAUAAUGGCUGAAGAGAAUGGAGAAAUUCUGAUUGGAAUGAGUCAGCUUCAUUUUAAACAUUACCUGGGUGAACAUGGGUAUGACGCAGUUGUUGCUAAGCUACCGACUGCUGAUAAAUUUCCUGCUCAUGAGGUUCCUCCUGGACUCACUUUAGAGGAUGUGAAAACUGGAGAAAUAGAUGUGCUCCUUAUUCAUCCAGUUUACGGAUUUGUCGUAUGUGAGGUAAAAAGUACUGGCCCAAAAGAAAAAAAAGUAAUUCAACGGAGACUUAAAAAAGCAGCAAGUCAGUUGGAAAAAGCAAGAAUCAUGUUGAAAUACUUGGUAUCCGACAUCAUCAGUGAUCCACAGAUCACGACAUUGAUGGCUUUUCCCAACCUCAGAAUCGAAAAGCUAGACAAAAUUCUAAGCAAAUUCAAAGAUCUGAGACAGGUUAGUAAAGGUCUAGGGGCGCCGACAAUGGAGCCGUCAGACAUCAGUGCUCGUUGUCUCUGCUCCGAGCAUUUUUCUGACCCCAAAGAGCUUCGGGUUUGGUGGGAUCGACAAGUAAAGGGUUCCAGCAAUGACACUAAAAUGUCAUCAGUUGUGUACAGACUACUGGCAGCCAGGUUCUGUGGCCCAGCAACAACAGUGACUAUGCCAUGUAUAUCUUCCCCUCGCCUGAAUGUCAAGACCCUGGGUCAGGCCGUGCUACAUGCAGGAGAGUGCUAUGUUCAGAUGGCAUUGUUCCAAGAACAAGUUGAACUGCUCACACAGGCGAUGCCCAGAGUAUUUGUGAACGGACCGCCUGGUACAGGCAAGACCGUGGUGUUGUUGUUAAAGGGAAGUGAAUGGCUGCUACAAGGUAAGAAAGUAUUUGUCCUGAGCACAUGGAAGAAAAGUCUUGCAGUAUGUACUAUGCUCCAUUACCAGCUGCAGCUGACAACAAAUGUACAACCCGGUCAACUCCGCUUCCUACAGUACGACUUCGAGGAUAAGAAAGACAGGGACAAAGCCCUGAGCGACUUGUCACAAGAGUCCAAUGGGGAGCUGUUGUAUGUCAUUGCUGACGAAGCUGGGCCUGAUAAGUCAGGGAAAGAAUCACUGUUCAGAACUUUCUGUGACAAGCUUCUGAAAAAGGUUCCCGAUCUUCAUCUGUGGGCGGCAAGUUGUUACAGCAGACACACACACGAUAAAUGGAAGGUGAAAGAUCUGACCAGACCUCUCCGCUGUCCACCAGUCGUAAGGAGAGAAGUGGAGCAGGACAGGGCGAUGACAAAGGACUUCAGUGUCCUCCAGUACGGUGACCGACGAGCUCCGGACUUCACAGACGGACCGAGGCUGAAGAGAAUCACUCACAAGGGCCACGGUCCUGGGCGGCCAGUCAACUGUGUCCAGUGUGGUCGUGAAGUGAUCAGUUUCCUUCAUAACCAUCUGCGUGUUGGGGUUGAAAUGAGUGGUCCGUCAGCGCCACCAGCACUACGGUGGAAAGACGUAGUGGUGCUCUACAGAGAAAACGUCAGCGAGGAAUUCGGCAUCGUCAAGGCUUUCCACGAUCAGAAGAUUCGACAUCGGUUGAUGAAGAAUGACACCAAGGACAUGGAAAUCGUGAAGGAUAUGGCUACGGCCACUAAAAACGUGGUGUGGGUUACUGAUGGAGAUUUGUUUCGCGGGCUAGAGAGGAAAGUCGUCGUGAGUGUGGAAGUUUUCGAUCCAUGGAAGAAAAAUACUAACUCUCUGCCGACGGAAGAGCUAGAGGCAGGUUUACACACCGGUACGCACGAAUUUUAAGGAUUUUCAAAAAUUUAUAAAAAAAUAACUAAAAGAGCUAGAAGAAUAAUUCAAAUUGAUAAUGAUAGAUCAAAAUGUGUAAAAUUUUAACAAUCCUACCUGAAACUUGCUUGAGAGCUCACUUUUAUUAUAGUAAUCCAUACAGAAUCGGGUAGAUGAAGUAGAAAUUUUUUACUACACGUGGUUACACAAGUUGUCACCGUACACGAAGUCCAACAAGAAGAUGACUUAUAGUAACACAUUUUGAUCUUUGAAAACCAAAAAGAAAUGCACACACAUUGUUCUUGUCCAUAGAAAUUCACAAAUGAUGCCAGAUUUUUGAAAAUCCGAGGAACUAGCCGCAUAUUUAUCGUACAUCUUCUCGCCAUUUUUUUUCAAGGGAAAAAGAAAGGUUACUCUGGAAAAUUGACGAUAGUUAAGUCAAGACAGAGUACCCUCCCUUUACAAGGGAAAUAACUGUGUUCAGAAAUGCACAAGCUAUCGUAACUAAGCGAUUUCUUUACCAAAAAAAGCGCUGUAAACGCCAAAAAAA